AUGCCUACUGAUGUGGAAAAAUGGGUUAAAUCUUGUGCCAUUUGUUCCGUGAAUGGACGACCGGAGAGACGACCUCCCAUGCAAAGAGCAUUUGCCCCGAAAGGGGUAUGGGAAACUGUCGCCCUCGACUUCAACGGACCUUACCUGAAGCUGGGGGGAAUAUCGAUUCUCGUUAUAAUCUUCCUUGGAUCAAGGUACGCUAUAGCGCGAUCGGUCAAAUCUACCAAGUUUGAGUAUACAAAGGCUGUGUUGGAUACGGCUUUUGAGAGAGAGGGAUUCCCAAAAGCAAUUAAGUCCGAUAAUGGACCACCAUUUAAUGGCGAAGAUUAUGCCAAGUAUUGCUCUGAGCGUGGAAUCCAAACGAUAUUCUCGACACCCUUCUAUCCCCAGCAAAACGGUUUGGUAGAAGGCUUUAUGAAGGUGAUAAAUAAGGCAAUGUCAGCCGCGAUUUUAACGGGGGCAAAUUAUCAAAAAGAAUUACAAGCCGCAGUGCAGUCGUGCAACGCGGCGGAUCAUAGUAUUACCAAACUGCCUCCAGAAGAAGUAUUAACCGGACGCAAGAUUAGGCGAGGGCUACCACUUUUAAACUACAGUAAAUCCGAGCACGAUGAAAAGCUACUGGAUGCGCGAGAUCGUGAGGCGAAAUUGCUUUCAAAAAAACGAGAGGAUAUUCGCCGCAGAGCCAAAGAGAGCAAGGUUAUACCCGGAGACACCGUUAUCGUGGAGCGUUCAUCUAGAGGUGAAGGUGACAGUAGAUUCGGUACAAAGCGCUUUACCGUGAUGCGAGAACACAACGGCAGCUUGGUCCUUUGUGAUGCAGAUGGCCAACAGCUCAAACGCCACGUAUCACAAACCAAGAAAGUCCGGUUGUGGCGAAGCACGACGCCGACUAAGGUCCCUGAAGAAUCAUCAUUUCCCGGAAACCCUGCUGAUAGUGGUGCAUCUUAUGAACGACCGAAGCGGGAGAGACGACUUCCCUCCUACUUAUCCGAAUAUGCACACGCGGUGGACGGCAGCCUUGGAAAAUUAUAG